GCGCUCGGCGGGGCUGGGACCGGCGUGUCGCUGCUGCUGCUGCAGCAAGAUGGCGGCGCAAAGGAGGAGCCUGCUGCAGAGUGAGCAGCAGCCAAGCUGGACAGAUGACUUGCCCCUCUGCCAGCUGUCUGGGGUGGGCUCAGCUCCAAACCGUUCCUACAGUGCGGAUGGUAAGGGGACAGAAAGCCACCCAUGGGAGGAUAACUGGCUGAAAUUCAGGAGUGAGAACAACUACUACCUCUAUGGGGUCUUCAAUGGCUACGAUGGCAACCGGGUCACCAACUUCGUGGGCCAGAGGCUCUCCGCGGAGCUGUUGCUGGGCCAGCUAAGUGCAGAUCACAGUGAUGCUGAUGUGCGCCGGGUCCUGCUGCAGGCUUUUGACGUGGCAGAAAGAAGUUUUCUGGAGUCCAUUGAUGAUGCUUUGGCAGAGAAGGCCAGCCUUCACUCCCAGCUGCCAGAGGGAGUACCCCACCACCAGCUGCCUUCUCAGUACCAGAAGAUCCUGGAGAGACUGAAGGCCUUAGAGCGGGAGAUCUCUGGAGGAGCUAUGGCUGUUGUGGCUGUCAUACUCAACAACAAGCUCUACAUCGCCAAUGUAGGUACAAACCGCGCACUGCUGUGCAAGUCUACGGUGGACGGGUUGCAGGUGACACAGCUGAACGUGGACCACACCACAGAGAAUGAGGAUGAGCUCUUCCGCUUCUCCCAGCUGGGUUUGGAUGCAGGGAAAAUAAAGCAAGUUGGAACUAUCUGUGGGCAAGAGAGCACCCGGCGCAUUGGGGAUUACAAGGUCAAAUAUGGCUACACUGAUAUUGAACUGCUUAGUGCUGCUAAAUCUAAGCCCAUCAUAUCAGAGCCUGAAAUCCAUGGAGGGCAGCCAUUGGAUGGGGUGACUGGCUUCCUGGUACUCAUGUCAGAAGGGCUCUACAAAGCUCUGGAGGCAGCUCAUGGGCCCGGGCAGGCCAAUCAGGAGAUCGCAGCCAUGAUUGCCACAGAGUUUGCUAAGCAAACAUCGCUGGAUGCAGUGGCGCAGGCUGUGGUGGACCGGGUUAAGCGGAUCCACUGUGACACUUUUGCCAGUGGUGGGGAACGAUCCAAGUUCUGCCCCUGGCAUGAAGACAUGACGCUGCUGGUGAGGAACUUUGGGUACCCGCUGGGCGAGAUGAGCCAGCCCAUGCUGACCCCGACACAAGGAGGCCGUAUCUAUCCUGUCUCUGUGCCAUACUCCAGUGCCCAGAGCACAAGCAAGACCAGCGUAACGCUGUCCCUUGUCAUGCCUUCCCAAGGCCAGAUGGUCAACGGUGCCCACAGCAGCUCCACCCUGGAUGAAGCCACACCCACGCUCACUAAUCAGAGCCCAACAGUGACUCUCCAGUCCACAAACACCCAUACCCAGAGCAGCAGCUCGAGCUCAGAUGGGGGCCUCUUCCGCUCCCGCCCCUCCCACUCACUCCAGCCAGAUGAGGAUGGACGUGUUGAGCCCUACGUGGACUUUGCAGAGUUCUACCGGCUUUGGAACAUGGACCAUGGUGAACAGGGAAUAUUGACAGUGUCCUGAUGUAGGGAGAAGAGGGGUGCCUUGCAACCACCAGGAGCUCGCCCAGAGGAGCAAAUGAAGACUGAGGUGAGAAUGAAAUAACUCCAGGUGGUGGCCAGGUUCUGUCAUGAGUUGUAACCUGGAUCCAGGCUGUGAUGAACCCUGGGCUUGGGUGCUGGUGCAACUGUCUCAUCAACAUGUGUGUGGCCUUUGCAUUUCACCACCUUCUCUGGGAAACCCCAUAAAUAUGGGAAGGGGUCGCAAACUUAUCCCUCACCAUCAGUAUUAUGGACAAAGUCAGCAGGGAGGGCUCUGUUAUGGCGAGGGCAAGAGCAGAUGUCUGUACAGUGGCUGUACAUUGUAUGUAUAUAUACGCAGUCAUUGUACAUUGAAGUGCAGAAACCCUACGCUGUGAUACCAGUCUUUAACUCCAUAAAAGAUACCUCUGUUUUGCAGAAUAAAUAACUUCUAGCUACUGUCA